AUGCCGCCCUCCUACUUUUACCACCUGGCCUUUGAACUGUACCCGCACCCGCCAAAGUCCCACGCCGCUGUCGCAGACGUCGAGCCGCUAUUUGUCCCGCCGCCGGGCACCGAUAUAUUCCAAUCCCACCUCCCCGUGCACCGCAUCUCCUCCUGGGCCUCCCCGCCGCGCUGGCGCAAGAACGUCCGCCGCAGCAAGACCGCCUACAGCGUCGACCUCACCACCAACCGCCCCGCCGUCGCCCAGCGCCCGUCGUACAGCGAGCGCAGGAACAGCCACCUCGACAGCACCAGCAGCAACGCCCCGCCCGCCAGCGAGGCCCUCCAGCUGCUGGCUGCGAAGAAGCCCGCGGCCAGUGCCGCCGCCGCAACCGCCACCAAGGACUGGCGCUUCGACCGCGUGUCGGUCCAGAGCAUCGACAUGGAGGAAGCCCGGGCCGCCGACAAGGACGGCGCUCGCGGCAAGUCCGUGGGCAAUAACACUGCGCGCGCCGCCGGCUCGGGCCUGGCCACCAAGGGCAGAUUCAUCCCGGCCGACCCGAAGAACACCGAGGUGGGCUGGGGCGUCGUCCAUCUGUACCGCGAUGCCCAGGAGACGCCCGGCCUCUACGACGACACAGCCUCGAGCGCCGGCUCCGACGCCGGCGGGGUGGGUGGUGAUGGCGAGAAGCAAACUUUCAACGAGGAGGACUGCACCACGCUGUGCAUCUUGGCGGUACCGUCGUACAUGACGCCGUCCGACUUUCUGGGCUAUGUCGGGGAGCAGACGAGGGAGGACGUCAGCCACUUCAGGCUGAUCAGAACGGGCCGCGCCAACAAGUACAUGGUUCUGAUGAAGUUCAGGGCGGCUCAGAAGGCCAGGCAGUGGCGGAAGGAAUGGAACGGGAAGUUGUUCAAUAGCAUGGAGGUACGUUCGACUGCGCCCAGUCUGGACCUGGUACCGUUUCGGUUAACAAUCAGUCUGCAGCCUGAAAACUGUCACGUCGUCUUUGUCAAAUCAAUCGAGUUCCAGACCUCUGGCGGGGACAGCGAUCCCUCCAGCUUCCCCAACAUGAACAAUGAUCCCUUCACCCCUUCCGCCAGACCGACUCCAUCCGCACCGCUGCCCGCAGGUGCUUCAUCUGCUGCUGAUUCUGGCUCGUUAGCAUCAUUGAGCACAAAGCCCCUCCCGCCACCUACCUCAUCACUGGUGGAGCUGCCCACGUGCCCUGUGUGCUUGGAACGCAUGGACGAGACUACUGGACUCCUGACGAUCCUUUGUCAGCACGUCUUCCACUGCGCGUGUCUGGAAAAAUGGCGCGGAAGCGGAUGCCCUGUGUGCCGGUACACGCAAAACGACUCGCUGAUCGCGCGCGGCUACGCCUCGGACGGCGAGGGCCCGGAGAACGAGUGCUCCGUGUGCGGCACGUCGUCGAACCUCUGGAUAUGCCUGAUCUGCGGCAACAUCGGGUGCGGGCGGUACGACUCGGCGCACGCCUUCCAGCACUACGAGGCGACGAGCCACAGCUACGCCAUGGACAUUGCGACGCAGCACGUGUGGGACUACGCGGGCGACGGCUACGUGCACCGCCUCAUCCAGAACAAGGCCGACGGCAAGCUGGUCGACCUGCCGGCCGCGCACCACGCCAACAGCCACAACCACCACCACCACCACCCCAACAACAGCAUGACGGGCAUGGGCGCCGACACGGUGCCGCGCGAGAAGCUGGACAACAUGGGCAUGGAGUACGCGUUCCUGCUGACCAGCCAGCUCGACAGCCAGCGCCUGUACUUUGAGGAGCAGGUGGAGCGCGCCGUCGACAAGGCGGCCAAGGCGUCGGCCGCGGCCGAGGAAGCCGCGGCGUCGGCCUCGGCCGUCUCGCACCAGCUCCGCGAGCUGCAGGCGCAGAACAGGGACGCGAGGGCGUCGGUGGCGUCGCUGGAGCGCGACGUCCAGCGCCUGACGACGCGGGCCGCGAGGUCCGACGAGCUCGCCCGGUCGAUGACGAAGCAGUUCCAGGAGGAGAAGAGCGUGAGCGGCGCGCUGAUGCAGCGCAUCAAGCAUCUCGACGCCAGGGUGGAGGAGGUGGAGGGGCGGAACAGGGCGCUCGAGGCGGAGAAGAGGGAGUUGGAGGAGCAGAAUCGCGAUUUGAGCUUCUUCAUCUCCGGGCAGGAGAAGCUGAGGGAGAUGGAAAGCGCCCAGGGGGGGUUGUUGGAUGAAGACGAGGUCAGGGAGGGUAGGGUUGAGGUGGGGGCCGCCCCGUCGGAGGAAAAGGAGAAGGGAAAGCGGAAGAAGGGGAAAGGGAGGAAGUGA